ACGACGGUGUGGCGGAGAGCCCCCUCUACUGGAAGAUGACUCUAAGACCUGCUGUGGAAUGAUGGUGUCCCAGUCCGUGAGCAUCCGCUGGUUCAUCGUCAUGAUCGCCUUCGUAGGAAUCUGUUGUGCCAUCGUAGGGACGGUUCUAGGGGCCAUGAAGGCCUCAGGAAGGGAGCACCUUACAGUCUCACUCCUAAUGAUAGGAGUUGGAAUAGUACUGAUUACUGUAUCUGGGAUAGCUUGGCGAUUAACUUCACGCGAUGCGCCAUCCUGCCGCGCUAUGAUGGGUCUUGAGCCCCACACGGAAUGUGGCGAUGGGCGAUUUAUCCCACGCCAUCCGUUCCCGCGUAAUUCUCACCCCUACGGCGGAAUGUUGUACACAGAUUUCCAGUAUCGUCCACCUCCACCUUCCUACCAGGCGAGUAUGCAGGAAUAUAGGCUCCGCCUCCUUCUCAUGGAUAGGAACGCCCCUCCGCCUCCUCCUCCUGUUGUGAGCCCGCCCCCGGCAUAUAGAGGUCCUCGAUUAGGUCUGCCACUCCCCCAGGAUGUAUCCCGCCCUCCCAGCUAUAGAAGCAGGGCUAGUGAACACCCAGCCCCCAUGCACGCGCGCCAAUGCAGUCAGUUAAGCUACCUAUCUCAAGCGCGGAUAGCAGAGGAACCAAAGGAGAGCGCGGAGCACGCUAGCGUGGUUCCGGUCAUCCCAGGAAACCUGCAUAAAGCGAGCAUUAUCAUUCAUUCAGAACAGGAAAAGGAGAACUAUUUGUCGAAUCUUCAAGAUCAAUUUCAGCGCGUUCAUCUCACUGGUAAACUUGGCGACGGGAAGCAAAAGUCGACAAAGCGGAAAGACGACGAAGUGACGAUUGUUCAGAACAACAACGAGACACAAGGACAAUCGGUCGUUGUCACUGUUUCUGCGGCGGUCGACCGCAACUACCCAAUGCGACCUGUGAAUUCCGAGGUCGACAUCCUCGCCCAUCUUUAGGUCGACAUUUAGCAUGUUGUUGGUCGACAGAGAUUGACGUUUAUGAGCGGUGGCUCCAACUGAGACUGAAAAAGUGCGACUGUUUUUGCACUGUUUGCAUGGGUGGAUACUAGAAUAUAUAUUUGAACAUCUGUCAAAAAGUAUUUUUUGCACAUUUUUUGCAUUCUGUCAUCAACGUCAGCUGAGAGAUUGUUAAAACUGUUUUCGAAAACAAUAGUAAUCAUGUUUUUGUAAUAAAAAGUAAGAUUAUAAACAAUAUGCUUAUCAAAACGCACUGGCGCGAAUUUAUGUGUUCUAUUGUACGCAAUAUUUGCGUUGAGUGGAGAAAAUUCUCGUAGUGAAUGCUUUAAGAUGUUAUCUAGUCUCUGUAAUAAGGUAUUUUUAUGCCUUUUUAUUGGUUUUGUGUUUUUAUUGUUUUGUAAAAUAUUAAUUAUCUAUUUGUAAUAAACGUAUUUAUUGUA